GCAAACCCACCCUCUCAGCCCUGCCCAGCCCUGUGGUGGCCUCAGGAGGGAACGUGACCCUCCGAUGUGGUUCACCGAAGGGAUAUCAGCAUUUUGUUCUGAUUGAGGAAGGAGAACACAGGCUCCCCCGGACCCUGGACUCACAGCAGCUCCACAGUGGGCAGUUCCAGGCCCUGUUCCCUGUGGGCCCCGUGACCCCCAGCCACAGGUGGACGUUCAGAUGCUAUGGAUACUACAGCAACACCUCCCAGGUGUGGUCCCACCGCAGUGACCCCCUGGAGAUUCUGGCCUCAGGCGUGUCUAGGAAGCCCUCCCUCCUGAUGCUGCAGGGCCCUGUCGUGGCCCCUGGAGAGAAUCUGACCCUCCAGUGUCGCUCUGAUGUGGGCUAUGACAGAUUCACUCUGCACAAGGCGGGGCAACGUACCUUUCUCCAGCGCCCUGCUCAGCAGCCCCAGGCCGGGCUCUCCCAGGCCAAUUUCACCCUGGGCCCUGUGAGGGGCUACCACGGGGGCCAGUACAGAUGCUACGGUGCACACAACCUCUCCUUCGAGUGGUCGGCCCCCAGUGACCCCCUGGACAUCCUGAUAGCAGGACAGAUCCCUGGCAGACCCUCCCUCUCGGUGCAGUUGUGGCCCACGGUGGUGUCAGGAGAGAAGGUGACCCUGCUGUGUCAAUCACAAGAGUGGAUGGACACUUUCCUUCUGACCAAGGAGGGGGCAGCGUAUCCCCCGCUGCAUCUGAGAUCAAAGCACGAAGCUCCUGUGUACCAGGCUGAAUUCCCCAUGAGUCCUGUGACGUCAGCCCACGCGGCAACCUACAGGUGCUACGGCUCAUGCAGCUCCAACCCCCAUCUGCUGUCUCCCCCCAGUGACCCACUGGAGCUCGUGGUCUCAGGUGAGGGCCCUGACCCUGUCCUCUCUGAGCUCAAAGGCUCAGCUCAAGCCUCUUUCCCUCUGUUUUGGUUCUCAGGAGCUGCUGAUACACUCAGCCCAUCACAAAACGAGUCUGACUCUGAGACUGAUGUCUGGAGCACGAAGAGCAGGCAUCAUGGUGUCCAUCCUCCCUGUUCUUCUGUGCCUCAGUCAGUGGUGGAGAGACGAGGGACAGGAGGGGCACUGGGCUGGGGAAACUCUCCUCCAUGGCUGAGUCUGGGCCAGAAAACCCGAGCACCUGCAGCUGGGAAUGAGGGGUGGGGGAGGUCUGUGGACUCCAGCCUGUGGUUUCUUCCAGGGAUCCUCCCCAAACCCAGCCUCUGGGCUGAGCCAGGCUCUGUGAUCAGCUGGGGGAGCUCCGUGACCCUCUGGUGCCAGGGGACCCUGGAUACCCAGGGUUGCCAUCUCACCAAGGAAGGAAGCCCGAUGACCUGGCACCAACAGAGCCCACCAGGGCCCAGGAACAAGACCAACUUCUUCAUCCCAUCCAUGAGAGAGCACUAUGCAGGGGCAUACCGCUGUCACUAUCUCAGCUCUGCAGGCUGGUCAGAGCUCAGUGACCCGCUGGAACUGGUGGUGACAGCCUACAGGAAACCCACCCUCUCAGCCUUGCCAAGCCCUGUGGUGACCUCAGGAGAGAACGUCACCAUCCAGUGUAGCUCAAGGCUGGGAUUUCAAAGAUUCAUUUUGAUUGAGGAAGGAGAAAACAAGCUCUCCUGGAUGCUGGACUCACAGGAACUCUCCAACGGGCUGUUCCUGGCCCUGUUCCCUGUGGGCCCUGUGGCCCCCAGUCACCGGUGGAUGUUCAGAUGCCAUGGAUAUUACAGGAACAUCACCCGGGUGUGGUCGGAACCCAGUGACACCAUUGAGAUCCUGGUCUCAGGCGUGUCUAGGAAGCCCUCCCUCCUGACCCCGCAGGGUCCUGUCGUGGCCCCUGGAGAGAACCUGACCCUGCAGUGUGGCUCUGAUGUCGGCUACAACAGAUUCGCUCUGUACAAGGAGCAGGGACAUGAUCUCCUCCAGGGCUCUGGCCAGCAGCCCCAGGCUGGGCUCUCCCAGGCCAACUUCACCGUGGGCCCUGUGAGGGUGUCCCACGCGGGCCAGUACAGAUGCUACGGUGCACACAACCUCUCCUCCGAGUGGUCGGCCCCCAGUGACCCCCUGGACAUCCUGAUCUCAGGACAGAUCCCUGACAGACCCUUCCUCUCAGUGCAGCCGGGCCCCACAGUAGCCUCAGGAAAGAACGUGACCCUGCUGUGUCAGUCACGGAGCCCGAUGGACACUUUCCUUCUGACCAAGGAGGGAGCAGCCCAUCACCUGCUGCGUCUGAGAUCAGAGCACCGAGCUCACCAGCACCAGGCUGAAUUCCCCAUGGGUCCUGUGACCUCAGCCCAUGCGGGGACCUACAGGUGCUACAGCUCACACAGAUUCUUCCCCUACCUGCUGUCUCACCCCAGUGACCCCCUGGAGCUCGUGGUCUCAGGAGGAGCUGAGACCCUCAGCCCGUCACAAAACCAGACAGACUCCAAGACUACCUCACACCCCCAGGAUUACACCGUGGAGAAUCUCAUCCGCAUGGCUGUGGCUGGCUUGGUCCUGGUGGUCCUUGGGAUUCUGCUGUUUUAGGAUUGGCACAGCCAGAGAAUCCCAAGAUGCAGCCAGGAGGUAAACACAAGAGAGAACAAUGCACCCGUCAGAGUGCUAGAGCCUUGGCAAUGA